ACGUUAAGUGCAUGGCUAUCGUACCUGCCAAUCUGUCAUAGACAACCCAUUUUAUGUUUCUACCAGUAGAACCCUUGUAAGUAUUUCACUGACUAGCGGCCACAUAGUAACAGUACAUUGUUUUGACUUCGGACUUAUCAGUUUUUGAUGUUCGCGAAUCCACAAGGAAUAGCCUGAUAUACCUUUUGCUUUCUAACAUGGCAGGACCAGUGUUAUCUGUAAGCUGGAGAGACCACUCCAGUGAACUUGGUACAAUGUACAAAAGUUUGUUGGCAAACAAUUUUUUGGUGGAUUGCACUCUGUCUGCUGAGGGUCGGAGCCUAAGAGCUCAUAGGCUGGUUUUAUCUGCUUGCAGCCCAUACUUUCAUAUGCUGUUUCAAGAGGAGACUGGAAAGCAUCCGUUUGUCAUCCUCUUAAAUGCAACAUUUGAAUCACUGAAAGCUGUGAUUGAUUUUGUGUACAGAGGGGAGGCUCAAAUUCCGGAAGGCAAUUUGAAAUCUUUUCUGACUCUGGCUCAGUCCCUACAAAUCAAGGGCCUAAAUGCUUUUACUCAGGACUGUAACAAUCAGAAGAGAUCCAGAAAUACGGCAGGAAAUAUUCCUCGUGGACCAUCUGAGGAUAAUCAAGACACCUGUGGAGUUCAGUGUGUUGGUGUUAGCCAGAAGAACAGCUCUGAGAACUUUCCUCAGCACCGCCCUGACCAUUCAGAUUUCCACUUAGACACGGUGGACACAACUCUUCCGUUCCCUUUGAAGCAUUUAAUGCCUCAAUCAGAGUCUGUGAUCACACCACCCACACCUGUGAGAGGCAAUGAGGUGUCUGCAGACACAGAAAUCACUGUAAAAGAAGAACCUUUGUUUUCUGCAUUUUCUGAGACAGUAAACAAGAGAUUGGAUAACGCGAAAAGAAAUGAAGCCAUGUCUGACAGUUUUAUAAGUGUAAUGGGCAGAGGAACUUCUUUUAUGUUUGGAGAACAAGAUUUGAACCAACAUUCAUGUUACGGUGCACUCUCUAAUGGAAAUGUGGAAUUUUCAGUGAAAACUCACCUACAACAACAGCUUAUGGAGAGCAAUGAAGUGACUACAGAAAAAGAUGUUGCUGAGAAAUGUCAACCUUUGCAGACUAUGAUUUUGGUUUCAAAAAGUGAACGUUUGGAUAAUGCAGAGAGCGAAGAAAACAUGGAUGAUUACGAUGUGCUAGGAAGCAAUAUGAAUGAAACUUACGAAGAAACUGAACAUGAACAUGGUGAAGAAAAUCUCAGCUAUUGCCCUAGUACAGCCGGCCUCCCGCCGGAGAAGGAGCUGGCAACGCAGAGGAGUCCCCCAGGGCAGCAGAGCGAGUCGCCCCCGCCGCACUCGGAGCUGCAGUCGCACGAGGGCGAAGAGACUCUGCUCGGCGACGAGGGCGGAACGGCGUCGCCCCACUCACCCAACGCCAGCACUCACAAGCCCAGGCGCAAGGGGAAACGGCCUUUUCCUUGCGAAGUGUGCGAGAAGGUUUACCUGUCCUCAUCGAAACUAGCCAUUCACAAGCGGAUUCACACGGGAGAGCGGCCGUAUCGCUGCGUCACGUGCGGAGUGACAUUCACCCAGAAGAUAUCUCUUACCAAGCACCAAAGCAUACACGCGGUAGAGCGUCCGUUUAGAUGCAACGUGUGCGGUAAAGUUUUCGCCCAAACAAACGCUUUCGCCUGCCACCUUCGUAUUCAUACGGGAGAGCGGCCAUUUCGCUGCGAAGUAUGUAAUAACACUUUUACUCGAAAAUAUAGCCUCUUCACACACAUGCGCAUACACACAGGAGAACUGCCGUUUAGGUGCGACGUAUGCGGUAAAACCUUUGCCCGCUCCAGCACUCUCGCCGAACACAGUCGCAUUCACACGGGAGCGCGCCCCUACCACUGCCACGUGUGUGGAAAAGAUUUUCGUCAUAGAAACGUAUUAUCUUCUCACAAGCGCAGACAUACAGAGAAGUACAAGAAAGGAGUACAA